UCAAAUGGGCCUAUGACCGGAGCCGCUGUAUAAAUAUCACUGCUGCGUCAUGUUGAAAGCGAUUCAGUCGAACAGAAUUUUUGGAAGGUAAAAGGGAAGCCCUACGUUUACAUAUACGAUUUCAGGAUCUAUUUUCCAAAUUCAGGGAACACUUUGAUCAUUCCAACCUCUAAGAACCAUGGCUCUGCCUGCCACCGCUAAGCAAGUCACCGCCAUCAAACUUGGCACCAACUUCCGUGAAAUCACAGAAAUCAGGAAGGUCCCCGUUCCCAAACCGCAAGCUGGCCAGGUGUUGGUGAAGACCAAAUUCGUGGGCAUCAACGCCUCUGACAUCAAUUUGACCUCCGGUCGCUACAACCUUGCCAUUAAACCGCCUUUUCCUGCUGGCCUGGAGGGGAUUGGACCAAUCGUCGCCGUCGGUGAGGGAGUGACCAAUCUAAAAAUAGGUCAAGCCGUCGCCUUCCUCCAGAACGGCAGCUUCGCUGAGUACGUGAUAGUUCCAGCUGACAAGGCCGUCCCAGUCCCAUCUUCCGACCCCGGCCUGCUGUCUAUCGUGCUCAGUGGAUUGACGGCGUCGAUCUCGCUGGAACAAGAUGGGAAUCUGAAAGCUGGAGAAACCGUCCUGGUGACCGCUGCCGCCGGGGGGACUGGUCAGUUUGCCGUGCAGAUCGCCAAACUGGCCGGGUGUCACGUGAUUGGGACAUGUUCUAGUCCUGAAAAGGCGGACUUCCUGAAGAGCAUCGGCUGUGAUCGCGUCAUCAACUACAAAAAAGAAAGCUUUGAGGAAGUUAUAACCAAAGAAUACUCCAACAAAUUAGACGUUGUCUACGAGUGUGUCGGUAAAGAAAUGUUUGACAUCUCUGUGAAGAAUUUGGCAGUCAAAGGAAGGCUGAUUGUCAUAGGGGCCAUUUCUGGGUACGAAAAUGCCGACGGUCUCGACUCGACUGAAAUGAUAUCAAAGCAACCGAUAGCUGCGCUCUGUCUCCGCAAAUCAGCAAGUAUCCGCGGGUUUUUUCUACUUCACUAUGUUAAAGAGUUCCCUCGCCACAUUGCCACUUUGGCCAAACAAUACGCAGAGGGCAAGAUCAAAGUGAAUCUAGAUAAGGGCGAAAACGUGGCAAACGGGCCCUUUAAAGGGCUAGAAAAAACAGUUGACGCUGUCGAGUAUAUGUUCUCAAGGAAGAACAUUGGUAAGGUUAUCGUGGAAGUUUGAGGCGUCAGUUAGUUGACAGGAACGUGACCAUCCAUGUAAGUGAAGAGGCAUUGCUAUAAAAAAAAAAACCAACAUGAAACUGGGAAAAAACCAUGAAUAUACUUAGGCCUUUCUUUUCUCGUCUGAGAUCGUGAAUCUGACAAAAGAUAUUGUUCACUCUCAUUGGUCGUUGUUUUUCACUUUCCUUGCAUCAGUGUAAAAAUUCUAAGUUAUAUUUAGAAGAUCUAUUGCUUUAUAGUUUUUGCUAUUCAGUAAAACAUGUACCGAAACUACGCGGAAAAAAGCAAUUAAUUCCAUGCUGCCUCAUUUCAUGCUCGCUCAUUUACUGAAAUGGUGGCUCUGUGAACAAGUUGUUCUUUUUUUCUGGCGCUGUGCUGAUUCGAAACCGUAUACCCCCACUCAAAAGAUAUUGUUACCAUACAUUGGUUGUUGGCUAUCUCUUUCCUUGUGUCAGUUUACAAAUUCUAAUUCCUACAUCAUAUUCAAAAGACCGUUUUAUAGUUUUGACUAUUCAAGAACACAUAUACCGACACUAUACGAAAACUGUAAUUCCAUACUGACAUUUGCAUACCCCCCUCCUACCCCAUUACUUUCAUUUUCAUUUUUUGUUGAGAAAAUCCAGUGGUUGGUAUGAAUGCAUCAUCUUGUACUGUCAUGUCAUAUCCCCACCCCCUCAGAAAUUCUGUCUUUAUUACUAUCUCGUAUCCUUGUUGUUCCAGAAAUGUUUUACCUGAACUCACUUCUUGAACUCAGGAAAUGAUUAUUUUUUAAUGCCCAUAUGCUGUUUUCCUUUAGAAUAAAAACUUAAGUUUCUACUUUGUAAAUUUUACAUACGUUUUAGAGAUAUGAGACCAGCUCUGGUGUCUUGAUACGUCAUUCUGGAUCACUAACCUUGCAUUGUUUUGUAUACUUUUACUUUCUAAAUUAAACUUAUACUUUUACAAA